AUGAGUUCACCGCUGACUUGCACGUUGGGAGUUCUCGAAACCAUGUCCGGUCCUGCAAGCACACAAUUAGACAGUACACCGCGCCCCCGGCCGUCGAGACGGGGAGGAGGAAGAGGUCGCGGUCAGCGUCGAGGUCAUCGUGCACCUGUAUCCAGAUCUACAGACGCCCAGACAUCGUCCUCUUCAGAUGCACAGUCGGCACAAACACAACCUCCAACGCAGCACGGUGAGACAGCCACGUCGAAUACGCCACGAGAUACUCCUCGAUCACGAAGAGGCCAUCGGGGAGGCAGAGGUGGACCUAAUCGUGCAGGGGCCAGAGGUCACACACGCGGAGCUGUUGCGCGACAAUCCGGUGCCGGAGGGCGGGCAUUUGAAGGCCGGCUCACGCGGCCAGAACGUGCCCCAGAGGAUGAUGUACACGGUGAAGAGGAUGACAUGGGAGAUCAGGGACUAAGGGCUGAUGCUCCUGAGUUUUUACCGGGAUCGCAACCAGAUGGAGACCCAAACAUGAAGGUGAAAACACGACCAAGGGCAGAGCGACCUAGAUCACCUAAAGUCGCAACGAAGUCGACCGCACCGGAUAUCGCGACUCGUAUCCACGAAGAUAUCGCCAAUCAUCUGUACGAGUGUCCGAUUUGCACAAGCGAACUAGGUCGGAGGUCACGGAUUUGGUCCUGUAAACUCUGCUGGACCGUCUUCCAUCUGAGUUGUAUCAAGAAAUGGUCGAAGAACGAAGGAUCAGCGGCCCAGGGCCCGCGCCGGGAAGGGGAAGAAGGGACCAACUCACCUCGCGCAUGGCGCUGUCCCGGCUGCAAUUUGGCACAGGAGAUGUUUCCCUCGACAUAUACCUGCUGGUGUGAGAAGGAAGCUGAUCCGCGCUCCCUCCCUGGUCUUCCUCCGCAUUCCUGUGGGCAGACCUGUUCCCGACCUCGCAAGGACUGCCCGCACCCAUGCAAUUCGACGUGUCACGCCGGUCCCUGUGCCCCAUGUACUGCCAUGGGGCCUACACAGGACUGCUUCUGUGGCAGGAAUUCGUCUGCGAAGCGAUGCCAAGAUACGGAUUACGAGCAUGGAUGGAGUUGUGGUGAGAUCUGCGGAGAUCUGCUACCUUGUGGCGAGCAUACUUGUCCACGGCCAUGCCAUGAGGGUCUCUGCGGAGCGUGUGAGGUCAUUGUCGAAUCCAAGUGCUAUUGCGGGAAGGUAGAAACAAGUAUGUUGUGCAGUGCCAGGGAUGAAGAGAUGGAAAGCCAGAAGCUUCUUGAUGGCGAACUACAGGAAUGGACUGGAUCUUUCAGUUGCGACGAAAUCUGCAAUCGCCCGUUUGACUGUGGACGGCAUUUCUGUCAGAAGAACUGCCACCCUCAGGAUGCGCAACCAGCACAUUGCCCAAAAUCUCCCGAUGUGGUUCUGCAUUGUCCUUGUGGGAAAACGCCAUUGACCAACAUUCCAGGCUUCUCGCCACGAACGUCUUGCGAGGAUCCUAUACGCAACUGUUCGGAACCAUGUGGCAAAACCCUGCGAUGUGGGCAUCCAUGCCAAAGGAUCUGUCACACUGGUCCAUGUGGAUACUGUAUGCGCAAGGUUGAAAUCAAUUGCCGUUGCGGUCGUAACACUUUCACGACUAUUUGCCAUCAGGGCGUUUAUGAACCUCCAAUGUGCUUCCGUAUAUGCAAAUCGGCGUUGCAUUGUGGCCGACAUGCAUGCGCUGAACGGUGUUGUCCUGGAGAGCAGAAGGCAAUUGAACGCCAGGCGAUGCGGCGCAAACUGAAAUCGCAUCUCCGCCCCAGCGACGAAGAUAUCGAGGCCGAGCAUAUCUGUACAAGGGUCUGCGGUCGGAUGCUGAAAUGUGGCCGACACACAUGCCCGGAAUUAUGUCACAAAGGGUCCUGCAACACCUGCAGGGAAGCGAUAUUUGAGGAGAUCUCAUGUAAUUGUGGGAGAACAAUCUUGUAUCCUCCCUUGCCCUGUGGGACACAGCCGCCGCCAUGCUCGUUCCCUUGCGAGCGACCUAAGGCGUGCGGCCAUCCUCAAACAGCACACAAUUGCCAUACGGACGAGGAGAACUGCCCCAAGUGUCCAUUCCUAACAGAGAAGAUGUGUCUUUGCGGCAAGCGGCUGUUGAAGAAUCAGCCUUGCUGGCUGACAGAUGCACGAUGUGGCCAGGUCUGUGGUAAACCACUGAAGUGCGGUUCUCAUACCUGCCAGAAGAACUGCCAUCGACCGGGUGAUUGUGAGGAUGCUUCUGCACUUUGCAAGCAACCGUGCGGAAAGACCAAGACGCUCUGUGGCCACCCAUGCACCGAGCCGUGCCAUGCCCCGUACCCGUGCCCUGAGAAGUCACCUUGUUCGUCCACUAUCUCGGUGACGUGCAGUUGCGGACGGCUCCGGCAGGAGAAACUUUGCAACGCCGCCAAAGCUGUAGUCUCGAAGGGACAACUGCAUCAUCCACAACGAUUGCCUUCGCUGACACCCUUAGCCUGUGACGACGAAUGUGUACGUCUCGAGCGAAACCGUUCAUUGGCAUCUGCGCUAGGAGUCGACAUCGACCCGUCGUCUACGACCAGCAUUCCUCAGAACGGCACAUCUGCCGCGACAACUAUUCCCUACUCUUCGGACACCCUCGACAUGUAUAUCCAACUCGCUUCAUCUUCUCCACUGUCGACUCUGCAAACAUACGAGUCUACUCUGCACUCUCUUGCGACCAGUACAACUCAACGGUCCGUCCGUUUCCAACCCGCAAAGCGAGCUCUUCGAGCCUUUGCCCAUUCACUCGCAGCGGAUUGGGGUUUCGCAAGCGAAAGCUUCGACCCAGAACCCCAUCGUCAUGUAUUCGUUCUGAAACCUACAUCCUGGAACCCACCACGACCGGUUACCGGCACUGCUAUUGGAAUUGGAGGUAUGAGUGUCGGCAACUGUGUGAAACUCCGCGAACGACAAAGAAUAAAGGAACGAGAGGCCCAACGGAUCGCUGCCGCAGAUGCUAAAGCGGCGAGAGAUGCAGCGAAAGCAAACAAAAACGGCACUGCAACAGACGGUGGCUGGGCACAAGUGGCUUCACGCCGAAAAUCCCCUAUCCCCACGAGCGUGGGCAAUGCCGUAUCCAAUCCCUUUACGGGGUCCAUAUACGGUGCGCUUGCUGCAGUUGACCAAGGCCAGGGCGCAAAGAAGGAGCGUUUAAUUCUGAGGUCUGGAGUCGGAGCUGCAAAGCAACUGAAGAGUCAGAACACAGCGGGAGUUGCGGAUAACUGGGAGGAAGAGGAAGAAAAGGAGGAGCAAGAAGAAAAGAGACAGAGACAAACAGACUGUCGGGAGCUGGAAUCUGUGGAACCGGGGUUGAACGAAGAGGAUAACAUUUUGUGA